AUUUCCCCUCCGAAAAACCUGAAGACAAUGACUUGCUCCUGCUACCACUUGACCUCUUUCGCUGCAGGCUUUAUUGUAGUGCCUAACCUGGUUGACCCUAUUGCUGAUGCAACUCUCUUCUUGACCUUCUUUGACAAUCCAGUCAUUGUGAUUACAGUACUGAUUGUGUGGUGUCUCUACCUAAUCAUGCUGGUAUGGGCGCGACGCAAAGACAAGGUCGAAAGCAUGAAGGGAGGUGUCAAUGUGCUGGAGGACAACUGUGCUGAGGACAAAUAUGUGUAUGUGGUUGGAUUUGUGACAGGCUGGUGGAGAAGGGCAGGAACAACCUCCAAUGUUUUUAUGUGUCUCCAUGGCAGCAAAGGUUUCAGCUCUAAACACCUGUUGUCUGAUGGUAUUGUCCAGCACUUUCAAACUGGGGCCGAGGAUUGGUUUGUGCUGACCACACCACUCAGCCUUGGAGAAUUACAGAGUAUCGUGGUAUGGCACGACAACUCUGGUGAAAAUCCUGCAUGGUUUCUGAAACAGAUUGUGGUUAGAGAUAUCCAAACAGAUAAGAUAUGGCAUUUCUUGUACAAUGACUGGCUGGCUGUCGACCGAGGGGUUGGACGGAUCAAGGUAGAAAUUCAUGCAUUGACCCCGGAGGACCUUGUACAAAACUCGCUCUAUCAGUUUGGUAUCCAGUCUAGUAAAGACCUACAGAACAACCACCUUUGGAUUAGUAUCAUCUCAUGUCCAGCCUACAGCCCCUUUACCCGUGUACAACGCCUGUCCUGUGCUCUGUCCCUUCUCCUGAUGACCAUGUUGACCAGUCUCAUGUUCCAUGGGAUAUCAACAGACGAUCCAGCUGACCAGUUGAGUUCUGGCGGCAUCACACUGUCUCUGUCCGACAUCAUCAUUGGAAUAGAGAGUGGUCUCAUCAUGUUCCCCAUUAACAUUAUCAUCAUGCAGUUGUUCACUAAACUAGAACCUAGACCUUCGGCUCUAGCCAGAAGGAAAAGUUCUCUGGCUGACUGUCCCGAGGAAGAGGACAAGUCCGUUGGACUUCAUACCAGUGAGAGCAAAGGCAAAUCCAAAAUGGGGGGAAAGGUAUUGAAAGGGACCAGCAAAACCGAGCAGAAAAAGCCCUUCCGGUUUCCCUGGUGGGUGGUAUAUAUUGCGUGGACAUUGGUUCUGUCUGCCGCCUUGAUUUCUUCCUACUUUGUCAUGUUGUAUGGUCUGAUGUACGGCUACCAGAAGUCCAUUGAAUGGCUUGUGUCAUUCUUUACCGCAUUCUUACAGAGUGCUUUGGUCACCCAGCCUCUCAAAGUGUUCAUGUUUGCAGUGCUCAUCGCCUUCAUAUUUAAGAAACCCGUUGAAUUCGAAGUUCUCACCCAGAGGGACAACAUGAAGCUUAACCAUGAUGAGGAUUAUUGCCAAACAGAACUGUUGAAGAGGCAGGGGAUAACGCUGUCCUCCGUAGAACCAGUGAAACAGGCAGUGCGCGUGGCCAUGCCUAGAAAGACAUUACAAGCCAUCAGGGAGAGGCUCCGACUGGAGAAGCACAUCCCUACCAUCCUUAGGGAGAUGAUCAUGUAUUUUACCUUUGUGGCUAUCGUGCUGUUCAUUGUGCAUGGCCAUCAGGAUGUGACCACCAACUACGGUGCCACUAAGACUACAGAAGACAUGUUUGUGCAUGGAGCCUACACACAAGUCACCCUUUCAGAGGUAGAGAAGGUUGAGGAUAUGUGGAAAUACCUACAAGAUACAGCUGUACCUGUGCUAUACAGCAACAACACGGGAAUGAUGGCUAAUGGUGUUGGCUACUUGAUAGGAACUGCAAGACUACGACAAAAACGCAUAGAAAAGGGUAUAACAUGUUACAGAGUUGACACCCGCUUGCAUGCUUCGCUCUUUCCUGACCAGGAUUGUGAAGUGCCAUUUUCAACUGGUGAUGAAGAAUGGCGCCCAUUUAAUGCAUCUUGGGCUUGGCCUCUCCCUGAAGCAGCUAAAUUUCCAACCAAAGACAGUGCUUGGAAAUAUCGUUCAUCAUUGGAACUAAAAACGCUUCCUUUUGUCGGAAGGUUCGCUUCCUAUUCUGGGGGAGGUUAUGUCACGGAGCUGCCAGCAGGCAGUGACGCUGCACACACUGCACUCAAUGACCUCAGGUCCCAGCACUGGGUUGACCAGUACACUCGAGCAAUUUUCUUGGAGUUCACUUCCUACAACCCCAAUGUUGAUCUGUUCACAGUGGCCGUUAUCAUAUUUGAACUAUCAAACAUAGGGAAUAUCAUGCCUUAUUAUCAAUUUUUCUCCUCCAAGCUGAAUCACUAUGACUCUGACCUCGGAAUUUUUGUUGCUGUAUGCGAGUCACUUUUUCUGGUGUACCUGAUAGGUUUCACUUAUUUCGAAGUGAAGAAGUUCACUAAAUUGCGGAAAACUGAGUACUUCUCCAACACAUGGAAUUAUAUGGAAAUUAUGAUCAUUGUGCUUGGUUAUUGUACCAUUGGGUUAUUUUUUCAGAGACUUGUUUUAGUGGACAGCGUUCUCUCGGAAUAUAGGAAAAAUGGACCCAACAAAUUCACUAGUUUCUACACCGCCGUGUUUUGGGACUUUGUUUUGACAUAUAUCAUGGCCGUUUUAGUCAUGUUAGUAAUUCUGAAAGUUUUCAAAUUAUUCCGCUUCAACACUAAGACCACCAUCCUUAUGCAAACGUUGGGGAAUGCGAAAGGGGGUCUGUUGAAUUUUGCAUUUUUGUUUUUCAUUUGCUUCAUGGCAUUCGCUCUCUUUGGACACCUAGUAUUCGGUUAUUGGAUUGUUGACUAUAAAGAUGUGGGAAGCAGUAUAAUAACCCUCUGUAACUUUCUACUCGGUGUUUCAGACUACUACAAACUCGAACAGGCACACUCUGUACUUGGACCCACCUUUUUUGUCAUGUUUGUUUUCUUCAUCCAGUACAUUCUGUUGUCUGUGUUUGUAGCCAUCAUUCGAGAGGCCCAGAGUCUCUCUCGAAAGACAGGUAAUAAUGAAAUUGCCCUCACAAAGUUUGUCUGUGAGCGGUUCCUGCUUAUGAUAGGAUUCCUUCAGCGAUCGGAUUACAAGUGAUGUUGACUAUUUUAAUUUAUUCAAUUCAAAUGGUGUACAUUUGAACAAUUAUGUUUAGUGUUUGCUAUAAAUUUCAAUUGUUUUUGUUCCUGUUUUCUUUGUUAAUAAAACUUAGACUAGAAAUUAGAAUUGUAUAGCGUUUGUAUGUUUAAACCAAGAAAAAGUAAACAGAUAAAUGAGAAAAGAUUGACCAAUUAUCAUAUAAUGAUCAAGUGUGAGAAUGUACCAAAGUCCGGACCAAGGUUACUAAUACUGUCUAUGGAAAGGGUAUAGUAGAGUUCCCACAAUGGGGUCCCGUGACCACUUUUCCCGUACCAAGGUUUGAAAGUUUAUUUUAGUCAGUUUGAGGGUGCUGAUUAAAAUGAGCUGGGGUGAACCUCGUGAAAAUGUGGGCUAACUCGGCCAGACGCGAAAAUUCAAAAUGGCCGCCACCGGUCGUCUGGAAUAUCAAAAAAAUACAUAUCUUUGCUUCUAGAUGUCCGUUUUAUAUGAUUUUGGGGUCUAAAUAUAUGUAUGAACGGUCAGGGAUUUUAUUUAUUAGUAUGUGACCUUGAUUAAAGUAAGUGUUAG